AUGGAGCGUCCCAACCUUCCCGUUGGGUCCCAAGCACAGUGCCAAGUAUAUGGCAAGUACUCUGACAUGUUGACAAGCCUCCCUGAAUACGACGGUCCCGAGAACGGCUAUACGAUCGAGGCCAGUGUGCUUGUUGACGAACAAGGCACUUAUCAGCCCCCUACGGCUCGCUUCCUCCCUUUGGCCAAGGACACAUCCCAAGGUGACCAACAAGACGCCGUAAUGGAUGCUAUACGCGUGGAGAAAGGGAUGCUUGUUCUCGCGGGCAAAGGGCAUCAGCUUCUUUCGGUGCAAUUCCCCGUCCCAAAUCUCCAUGGACUCGACGCCCAUAACAAGAUCAAGGACAUUAGGUUGUUUCGACAGUCGUCUACACCCGAGUUCCGGUGGACCGACCGCUCCCUCGACAAAGAUAUACCCUUAUGGCGAACCUCUCCGAAGACCACGAAACUGACACAAUACGUGGGAAGUUCCUCUGUGGAGGUAACAGUUCGGCUUUUCGACCCAUUGCCUGGCGACGUCCUCGAUUAUACUUGGAACACUUCCUUGGGUCAGCAGAGAGUGGUGUGUGCCCCCUAUGCUAUAGAGUGCAUGGAUCUUGCACUUGAAGGCAUCGAAGGGCACAUCCGAGCCCACGCCGGGCAGUAUGUCAAGGCGUUCACUGGCACUCGGCUUCCCAUUGUGCGAGCCACUUUCGAGAUAAUCGAUUACACCAUAGAGCACAAACAGCAAUCACAUGCAGAGCGAAUACUCCUGUACGACGUUCUCUUGUUCUGGGUUGCCAGCCGUCUGCUCGAGGAGCCAUGGUGCGCCUCGGGCGAUGAGUCUCUGGGACACAACCCCACGGAAGACCACCCUCUCCUGUCUCCAGAGUGUCCCUUCAACGGCAGAACCCCGGUCUCCCCAGUCAUGGAUGCCCAAAUCGACCAGCUGGUGAUGAAGUCGGUCUUGGCACCCCUCUGUCUUCGAAUACAGGAAAAGCUUCAGGCACUUGUUAAUGACGGAGCCAAAGGCAAAUGGUUUACCGCAUUCCUGUGUAUAUUCGUGUUGUUGAGCAACUACGACCUGGCCACAGCGCACGACCACGACUUUGCUGUGCGGAACUCACUCGAGGAGUACUACUCGAACUACCCAUUGCUUGAAGGCUUCCAAGCUGGUGCCAAGACACUGUUGGCCUACUUCCAUCAUCAGUGUCAUGGCCAUGUGCCAUUCAAGCUCGAUUGGUCGGAUCCCUCUGUUAUAGCCACGGCUAACCUGGACCAUGCGCAGGCGGAGUAUAUGGAAGAAAUGGGCCUAUGGGUCACAGAGAAGGAGACUGCACUCAAGGCUUUAAAGGAGAGCAAAGCGUAUGAUGCGGAAUCAUACUUCGCUCUCCAACUGUUCGACUCGGACUGGCGUCCGACACGCACGAUGCAGAUUGAGGAGGUCUAUUUCAUUUACGACUCAAGGACAGCAGACACAAAAGUGGUCGCGUUCCGUACGAAAAAGAAAAUGAAGCAGUGGAUCAGCACCCAAGACGGCCUCGACAACCUCAAGCUCGUCGACGUGCCAGAGCCGUCCGACCCCAAAGAUGGCGAGGUUCUGGUCAAGACCAGCCGUGUUUCACUGAACUUCCGAGAUACUGAGGUCUGCAUGGGUGUGUAUGGCCACCACAAGUCCCUGAAGCCAGGUAAGAACGAGAUCGUGCCAUGCUCAGACAUGUGCGGAACCGUCACCAAGGUGGGCUCGGGCAACAGCUCAGGCCUGAGGGAAGGCGACCGCGUCGUUUCCAUCUUCAACCAGACACAUCUCACGGGCCAAAUCGUGGAGCAGGACAUGGCCUCCGGCCUGGGUUUGCCGCUCCCAGGGGUCCUGACACAGUACCGCGUCUUCCCCGCGGCGAGCCUCGUCAAGGUCCCCGCAUACAUGGCCGACGAUGAGGCUGCGGCGCUACCGAUUGCGGCCGUGACUGCGUGGAUGAGCAUCAACACCUUCCAGCCGAUGGGCCAGCCCCUGACGGGCAAGGACAAGGUCGUACUUGUCCAGGGCACCGGUGGAGUCUCGAUAUCUGGACUGCAGAUUGCGAAAGCCCUCGGGAUGACGGGUGAGUCUUUACACAACUCCUCCAAGAUCAUCGUAACUUCGUCCUCGGACAAGAAACUAGAGCAGGCUCGCACGCUCGGCGCCGACCACACGAUCAACUACAAGACGACGCCGAACUGGGACGACAGGGUGCUCGAGGUGACGGGCGGCCGCGGCGCCGACAUCGUCUUCGAGUGCGGCGGCGCGCAAACACUAAACCGGUCGUUCGAGUGCGUGCGCUUCGGCGGCCAGAUCAGCUGCAUCGGAUACCUGUCCGGCAAGCAGGACACCCCGGCCGGCUCGGGCUUGCACACCAACGUGCUGGCGCUGAAGCGAAACGUCACGGUCAAGGGCAUGAUCAACGGGCCCAAGGACCGGUUUGAGGAGAUGUUGGGGCUGUAUGAGGAGAAGGAGAUUCAUCCGGUUAUUGAUCGUGUUUUCGACUUUGAGGAGGGCGGAGAGGCACUGAAGUAUUUGUUUAGUGGUGAGCACUUUGGAAAGGUCAUUGUGAAGGUGCCGUGA